AUGAGUGGUGGCUGCUCUGAUUUACGUAAACGUUGGGACAACCUUGUUGGCAAAUCAAAAGAGGAAGCUAUCCAAACGAUCAAACAAGAUGGUGAGAAAAAUAUUGAAGUAGUGGAUGACAAUACACCAGCAGCGUCUACAACUAUCAAAAGUGGUGUUGUACGCAUCAUUUUAGAUGAACAUAAAAAGGUUAAAUAUCCACCACUUCGACAAGCCUGA